AUGCCAUGCUUUUGGCGAUGGUUUGACUAUAUUUCAGCUCAGCCAGUUUUGGAAAUCAAGCCAACACGAUUACAGUUCUGGAACUAUUACGAUAGUUUGCAUCUGCAUUGCAAAGUGAUCGAUCCGAAUGUGAACAAAACCGUGAACAGUAGAAUGCGAUUUGUUCGAGGCCUAAACAAUGCGAUGACAUUUGGAAACUCGUUAUUGUCACUGAAUCAAAAGAAAACUGGAAUCGGUGUUUACUGUUGCGAAUAUGAAUUAGCCGGUUACUGGUUCAAACGAUUUUUGUCAAUCUACACACAUGAGUUCCCUGAUUUCCUCAUUGAAAAUUACUAUUCCCUUGGUGUGCCAACCAAUCGUGGACAAAGAAUGGUUGUAUCAUUGAAAAAACCAACUCUUGUGCUCGGCUAUCUGAGUUGUGGAUAUCGUGCAAUGCGACAACGCUUGCUUGUUGUUUACAAUCCCACAGAAAUCGGUCAUCGAUAUACGAACUUGUCAAGCUGUUCGACUUUCACAUGUUCCUAUGCAUCGAUUGCAUUGCCACGGAUGAAUCGAUUUGCUAAAAUAUGCAUCAUUUCAGAAUCAGAACAAUUGGUAUAUGAUUAUGGGAUGCUUCCGGACAAUAUUGGUGGAAUACAUGAAAAAUGGUCCGGGAACGUCUCGUGUCACUUCCGCAAUCAAAUAUUACGAGCCAAUGUGCCGAACUAUUAUUACACAAUAGAAUAUAUCGCAGGGGACAAUUAUCGGAUCAUAGGAAACAGCUUUGAAAAAGUUGGCACCUCGUCUACCGGUUAUUUCCAUUAUCGGUGCACUUUUUCCGCCUACGAUUACAAUUUAGUGGCGGAUUGCAAACAUCGACUUUUACGAGGUCCGUAUGUGUAUAUGUCCGCAUCGACCGUGAUUGUGAAUCGAGAAAUUCCAGUCUGUUCAAACGAGCUAGACGCACGUGUGCGAAUCAAAAUCUCCGGCAAUUCUCUCUUCGAGAGUCCUCAAGAAUGGAUUGAACUAGCCGAAGAUGGAUCAAGCGAAUGGUUCUACUGUGUUCAUCCAGCGAAUUCGACUAUAAAGCACCGGUUUAGGCUUACUAUUAUACCCAAGUUUAUUGCUUUACGACUGGACGGAGAUGAGGCUGUAAUGAAUCGACCGGAACCGCGGAAUGUGAAAUGUUUGCACAAUUAUGAAGGAAAUCAAACAAUACAGACCAAAUGGGCCAUUCUGUACAGCACCACGGAUACAGUUUCAGUUGCCGAUUCCACACUAAUCGUGCAACCGAGCAACUCGUUCGGAUUUGUUCUGGCUCGAUGUCAUUUGUUAUACGAAAAAGAAAUGCUUUUGUUUAUGAAUUAUAUACAAAUUGUGUUUCAACGACCAGUUAUAGUAUACGAUCCUCCUAAAUGUUCCCUUAAAUCGGGCAAUUUGCUCGGAUAUCACGGGAUCACAAUCAAUGAGGGAGCGGAUGUGGACAAUCUGUUCGGAGAACAUAUUAGUUGGCCGUAUAGCUACAAACGUCACAGGGGUACGUACCGAUGUACCAUAUGGCUUCCGGAAAGUCAAGUAUAUGUGGAUCAUGAAUCUAUCAGAGAUUCCGGUGAGCGAUUGUGCAGUUCCCAAAUCUUCUUCUAUUCACCAUUUUGA